AUGUGCUAAAAACUUUAUUAAAUUAUCUAAAUCUAAAUUUUAUAAUGGACAACAUUUUACAAUCUUUUAAAAGAUUACUUAGCAUCAAUAAAAAGUAUUAAUUCGUCUACAACACUUAAUAAUCAAACAUAUUUUGAAGAUUAAAUCUCCCAUUGUUAAGAGUAUUUAUAAUUUUAUUAUAUUAACAUGAAGUAGCAGCUACAGCUAAUCCUAAAUUACAUCCAAACAAUUUAGAUUUUUGUAUUUUAUAAACAUCAAAUUUAAUUAUAUACAUACAAUAUUGCAAAAAGUUUAAGAAGGUCUUCAAGUCUUAUAAUAAAUAAAUAGAACUCUUUUAGAUCAUGA